AAUAAUCACAAUUUUAUUCCAACCAGCGCAGCACUGGCUAUAAAAUUGCAAAUUCAAGCUCAGUUUAGAGUUUCUAUUCCCUUUUGAAUUUUCCCAUCAUUUCAUUAACCUUUCUUCUCCAAUCUUCAAUUCAAAGCUUUCAUCUUUAUUUUCAUGGAUAUAAAAAGAUUUUGGACAUGAUACUGCUGGAAUGAUAGUUAUUUGUUCUUGAUCUUGAUCUUGAUCUAGAGAGACCACCCUUUAGACCUCUAAUUUAUGGAUUUGGAGAGUGAAAGUUGUGCACUUGAAUCUGUUGAAGAUAAUGAAUUGACCACCACCACCAUCACAACCACAACCCCUGAUGGUGCUUUAAGUCAUAGAGAUGGUGAUGAUGAUGAUAACAGUAAGAUUAAGGCUAAUGGACUAUGUUCAAAUGGGAUAAUUCCUGAAACGGGCACGAGUGGUAAUGGCGAUGAGAAUACGAUGCCUCGCGAUGGAGAAGUUCAGGGAGGUGUGGGAAUUGAGCCAGUGGGGAAUUCAGUGGAUUCACUUCCUUUAAUGGCCAAUUCUCCGACCAUGGGGUCACCUCCUAAUAUGAAAGGAUUUGGCUUAAAGAAAUGGAGGCGAAUUAGGAGAGAUAUUGUUAAGGAUGCUAGUGCUGGUGUGGAUAACAGUAAAGUUUUGAAACGAGUAUCCUCUGGUGCUGUGAAUCCAGCUAAACCAACAAAUUUAACACUGGUUGAGGUCAUGCAAAAUAGUGAGGGUUCUGUUGGCUCUGCUAAUUUAUUUAGAAAUGCGGCUCUUGGUGAUGGGUUUGUGACCCACGGGUCUAAUUUGGAAUAUAGAUUUACGGUUGCAUCUGCUUUCUCAGCUGGCACGGAUUCUGAGAAUAGUGAGGAUCAGAGUAGCAGGUCCUCAACAGCAGCUAGUGCUCCAAGGGUGAGGCAUGACCUGCUUUCAGUGUCAGGGUAUGCAUGGGACAAGAAUGGGGUGAAGUAUUUGGGUGGGAAGAGUGGGGGUAGUUCAGCUCAACGGGUACAACGAGAGAUGGGAUGGGUGGAAAACAGUAAGAAGCCUAGAGGAGAAAGGGUCAAAAUCGAGAAGGAAAACUCUCAUUCCAGCAUGGAAUCUGACUCAAGAAGCUCCAACUUUGUCUUUGUGCAGGGUGAUUUCUCUGUGACCAGUAACGGAAAGCAAAGUGGAAGGUCAAUGAAUUAUGAUGGAGAAAACAGUGAUGAAGUUCAUGCAGUUAAACAACAAUUUAGUGGGGGAGUCCAUACUAGUUGUGGGCAGGAGAAUGUUGGAGAAGUUGAAGAUCUUUCAGAAAAUGAAUUAGCUGCAGAAGCAUCUUGGACAGAUAUGGGAGAAAAAAGUGAUAAUCACCAACCCUCAGCAGAUCAGGAUCCAUUUGUUGAAUCUAUACUCUCUCUCCAAUCUGUGCAGAAAGCUCUUGAAAACGAGGUUCAAAAAUUGGGGGAGAUCGGGAAAGUUAGCAGUGUAGUGGAAGAUUCCUCUUCAGCUAAUCCAGAAAUCCACAAAUCAAGCUUACCUAACCAGUUUGAUUCUGAAAGUAUCAAAGAAUCAAAUUCCUUGGAGUUCAGAGUAUUAAGCUUAACGCAGACUGUACAGUACUUGGAGAGCAGACUGGAGGAGGCAAAGGCUAUGCUCAAGGUGAAGGAGUUGAGGGUUGCUGAACUGGAAGCCACCUUGAAUGGUGACAGGUCACCAAAAGAAGAAUCAGCGAGUACUACAGAGUUGCAGCAAGAGAAAUAUAGAGAGAUUGAGAACGAGCUGGAGGGACUAUUCAAGCAAAAGAUCGAGGCUGAGAUUGAGCAUUUAGGGCUAAUGAGUCUACAGAAGUUGGGAGUUGCUGCAGGCGAUCAAAUCACCCUAUUUGAGGAACAAGAGGCUUUGGCUGGUGAGCAAGUGCAGAUGCUGAAUAAGCUAGGAGAAGCAGGGAACAAGGCUGCAUCUUUAAAGAAACAAGCGGAGGAGUUGGAAAAAUACUGUGGGGAUGUUUUAGGGACUGAAGAGGUGUUUAAGAUGCAGAACAAAGUAUGUAAGGUAGCUGCAUGUUUUCUCAUUCAGUUGAUUUUGCUCAUCUUGGUUUUUUGGUUUUUAGUGCUGCAGUUAUCGCCCUAUUGUGGGGUGGUUGUACCCACUUAAGUAACAUAGUAGGUCUUUUUUCUGUGUAUUCUCAGCAUUUCUUAGCAAAGUUUGAGAGUAUCAUCUAGGGAAUGGGAUUGUAGUUGUAACAAAGUUUUCAAGUUUCAUUGCACACCUGUAAUUCAUUUCUUCUAGUGUUACUGUUGAGUAAAGCUCUUAAGAUGACUGGACUAUUAUUUUUGUUGCUCCUCUCUUUAUAUGACAGUGCCCUUUUUUUUUA